UCUUCGAGGCACAAUCAGCUAUCCAGGGAAGCGUUCCUGUCUCUUGGUCCUUAUUCUCUUCUUCACAGAUUACGUGCCAUCAAAAUGUUUGGAAAACUCUUCCGACCAACAAAGUCGAUCAUCGACUGUGCCGACGAGCAGGUCAUUAGGGAACCCGAACCUGAUGUCCCUGAUGCUCCUCUCCGAAGUGGUUGUUCGUUCACUAUUACCGGCGUCCUCGCGGAAAUGGCGGCCAGGGUCGCUGGUUUAGUUUCUGGACUCUUCAACACCAGACACACUGAAGUCUGCCUACCUCAGACUUACUGCGCCACCGAGGAGGAGUCUGCCGGCGGAGAUAUCACUUCGAUCCGUCUCGGGAUGGGCACGGCCAUCUGGCGGUGGGUAAGGGCUUCGACCGUCACCUUCACCGUCUGCGCCGAAAGCUUCCCAACCCGCGACAAGGCCACCUACGCCACGGGCAAGCUCGUCGAAGCGGUAGCCCUCUGGAAGGGCACCGGUGUGACGUUCAGGCUUGUAGACCGCGACUGUCCGGCCACGUUCCGGCUCGUCUAUCGCCAGAUGCCAGCGAGCAGGGACAACCGAACCCUCGCUCAAUCCUUCUUCCCCAACGCCGACACACCUGAGAGCCGUACGCUGUUCGUUUACGGUGCAGCUUUUCGCGAGGAUAACAAGAAGUACAUGGCCAACUUCUUCGCCCACGAAAUCGGGCACAUCUUGGGCCUGCGACACGAGUUUACAGAGCUGCGCAAGUCUGUACGCUUCGGUUUCCGGGACGAUGCCUCGAUAAUGAACUACUUCUCUUGCCCAGGCAGUUGGCGGGUUCAGGUCCAAGACAUCCAUCUCACGGCGUUGUUCUACAAUUACAACUCGCGGACGUAUCGUGGCCUCCCGAUCUACGUGGUCACGCCGCCCGAGUUUGUGUACCCGAGCAUGCUAAUAAGACCUGUUGCCAAGGGCUAGAAUGCUGGUAAGAACCUAUCUAGGUAAGU